CAGUUGAAGCUCUUAUACACAUUUUAUCCUCAGGUUAUGGCCUCAGCAUUCCCCCUUUUCUUUAUCUUUUUUCUGUUGAUAACUACAGCAUUUUCUUUAUCUGUUGCCCUCAAGAUUCCCAAGCUGGGUCUUGUUAGAGAGAGCACACAUGGAAAAUUUUUGAUAUCUCAAUCAAAUCUCAAUGAAAUCUCUUCAAGUGGAUAUAAAUUCUACAACUAUAGCCAGACGAUUGACCAUUUCAACUACCGGCCAGAGAGCUAUGAUAUUUUCCAGCAGAGAUAUGCGAUCAAUGACAAGUAUUGGGGCGGUGCAAAGAACAACUCACCGAUAUUUGUCUACACUGGAGAUGAGGCUUCUCUUGAGAGUGUAAUUCGUUCAGCUGGGUUCCUUGUUGACAAUGCUCCACACUUCCAAGCACUUUUGGUAGUUAUCGAGCAUCGAUAUUACGGCGAAUCAAACCCUUUUGGUUCUAGAAAACAAGCAUAUCAGAACACUAGCACCCUUGGAUAUUUCAGUUCUACACAAGCUCUCGCAGACUAUGCUCAACUGAUUACAGAAUUGAAGAAGAACUUAUCUGCUAAUAAUUGCCCUGUGAUAGCGAUGGGAGGAUCCUAUGGAGGAAUGCUUGCAUCCUGGUUUCGUCUGAAGUACCCUCACAUUGUCAUCGGAGCUUUUGCUUCAUCAGCCCCCAUUCUCUACUUUGAUGAUAUUACUCCUGAAAAUGGAUAUCUUAGUAUUGUUACAAAGGAUUUUCAAGAAACAAGCAAAAGCUGCUACAGAACCAUCAGAGAAUCAUGGUUUGAGAUAGACAAAUUUGGUCUUGAAAUCAAUGGUCUCAGUGUUUUAAGCCAAAUAUUUCACACUUGCCGCCCGCUGAAUAAUACUCCAGAACUCAAAGAUGCCCUAGCAUCGAUAUAUAGUGCAGCGGCUCAAUAUGAUGAUCCCACGACGCAACCUGUUAAUUUGUUAUGCAGUGGCAUUGAUGGUGCAUUUGACGAGGCCACAAUUCUUGAAAGGGUAUUUACUGGUAUUACGCCAUGGAAUGGCAAGAAACAAUGCUUUGAUAUUGAUGUAUACAAUAUUGAUGAUUCUGCAUCUGAAACAGCAAUUGGAUGGUAUUGGCAGGUAGAAAGCUUUACCAGUUGCAAACCGAGUGGAAUACCACCAUCAUAUAUGAUCUUUGCAUUAAAAUAUACCAAAAUUCUUGAUUCCAAUAAAUUUUUUAAAAUUAAUACUCACCUAAAGUUUUUGAUUCAGACUUGUAGUGAAAUGGUCAUGCCUAUUGGUUGUGAUAGCAAUGAUACUAUGUUCCAAGCGCAGCCAUUUAACAUUUAUAACUACACAAUGGACUGUCAAAAAAAGUGGGGUGUAACUCCAAGACCCCACUGGAUGACCACCGAAUUUGGUGGACAUAAUAUCAAGUCAGUACUCAGAAAUUUUGGGAGUAACAUCAUAUUUUCCAAUGGUCUUAGAGAUCCCUACAGUAGUGGAGGGGUGUUAUGCAAUAUAUCAGAUACCAUAGUCGCUAUAUAUACAACCCAAGGAUCACAUUGCUUGGAUAUAUUACCAGCGACACCCGCAGACCCUGAAUGGCUAAUCGCUCAAAGAAAUGAAGAGGUUAAAAUCAUUGAGAGAUGGAUAGCAGAAUACAAAGCUAACAUCAUCGCAUAGAUAAGAAGCUGGACCCUGUCUGCGUACAUCUCUAUCAAUGAGUUGGAAGAGCAAGGAAACAAGGAGCUCUACAAUCUGGAAAAAAGUUGUUGCUGAAAUAAUAGCGGGUUUUUCUUCUUCUGUAAUUCAUUUUGAUAGUCUAUAUAGAUUCAGGGAAAAAAUGGACUCAAACUCAAUGAUAAAAAAGAAAGAUGCCUAUUUGUACUAGAAAUAAAGUUGUUUUAGAAACAAGAGUGGUAUCCUUCAAACUUGAAUAAGAAAUCAGGAUCGAUCUUUCUAACAAUCAACAAACAAGUCCUAUAGGGAACAACAGAUAAGAAGACAAAAAGGACACAAGGAUCAUAUAUAUGGUUCACCAACCAUAUCUAUAAGAGAGUUUACCGUAGGCGUAAGUGACUACUCGCCUUCACUUAUUUCAACAAUAUAUCAUACACGAUGAACUCAUGAACAAGAAUACACUUGUCGUUGUCAAGUCCAAGUGUAUUGGGUUUCAAAUCAUAACUAAACUGAUUUUCCCCCCUCUAGAAGCACAUUCAUUGCAUAUGCCAAAAUCUAAGCUUUCUAGCCUUGUUAGCCAAUUGAUUCUAUUUAAGGAGCUUCAAAAUCUUAAUUAAACUGAGGAUUCUAUUUCGCUGAGUUCUGUUACUAAAUUUCAAUUCCAUUUUGGUCAUAUCUACUUCAUAUUUGGGUUUUCACUUGUAAUAACCUUCAAAACUUCGGUAAUUACUAAAAAUUUCCUCCAGAUCUUCAAAGCCAAUUUACUCUCCACUUUCUUGAUAAACCUCCUUGACAAUAAAAUAAAGAAUAUUCCUCAGUUUUACCUCCUUAUACCAUCAUUCGUUUCAACACAAAAUAGAGGGAUCUUUCACAUUUUGCCAUCCACUUAAGUAUUAGUAAUAACUAGCAUCUUCCAUUAUUAAGAUGACCGAUUUCCUAAACCUCAACCCACACUUAUUUCAACAAAAACUUAAUCUUAAUCAUAAACAAAGGAAACAAACAAUUAUCUAAACAAAAACCAGAAAAUCC